AUGGCAGCGGAAGCAAAUGUUCCCUCUGUAAACAAGGCUUGGGUGUACGCAGAGUACGGAAAACCUGCAGAUGUGUUGAAACUUGACCCAAACGCGCCUCUGCCUCGAGUAGAGGAAGACCAGGUGCUCAUCAAGGUGGCUGCUGCAGCACUUAACCCAGUUGAUCACAAGAGGCUUCUUGGGUAUUUCAAGGACACUGACACUGCUCUACCUGCAGUUCCAGGGUAUGAUGUUGCUGGUGUUGUGGUGAAGCUUGGAAGCCAAGCAAGGAAAUUUAAGGUGGGGGAUGAAGUAUAUGGGACUAUCAAUGAGCAAGGUAUAAUAAACCUAAAGAAAGUUGGGUCCUUAGCAGAGUACACGGCUGUGGAAGAAAGAUUGUUGGCUGUGAAACCCAAAAAUCUGAGUUUUGCUGAGGCUGCCAGCCUUCCCGUGGCUAUUGAGACUGCCUAUGAAGGGCUCCAACGAGCUCAAAUUUCAGCUAGUAAAUCCAUCCUUGUUUUAGGAGGUGCUGGGGGUGUAGGAACUCAUGUUAUUCAGCUAGCAAAACAUGUUUUUGGUGCUUCCAGAGUUGCAGCUACCGCAAGCACUAAAAAACUGGAUUGGUUGAGGGGUUUGGGUGCUGAUCUUGCUAUUGAUUAUACCAAGGACAACUUCGAAGACCUGCCUGAGAAAUUUGAUGUAGUCUAUGAUGCAGUUGGACAGUCAGAUAGGGCAGUGAAGGCAGUGAAAAAGGGGGGGAAGGUUGUGACAGUGGCAGGCCCAAUAACACCACCAGCCUUCAUGUUUAUGCUGACUUCUAGUGGGUCUAUCUUGGAGAAACUCAAUCCAUACUUGGAGAGUGGGAAGGUGAAGGCGGUGAUUGAUCCCAAUGGCCCAUAUCCCUUUUCUAAGACCCUUGAAGCAUUUGCCUAUCUUGAAGCUAGUAGCAGAGCUAUAGGAAAGGUGGUUGUGUAUCCCAUCCCAUCCCCAUGA